AUGCAAAUAAUCAGCUGGUUCAUAUUGCCUGGGUGUUGUACCUCACGCUCAUAUGCAGACAGUGAGAAGUGUGACCAGUACACAGACUGCUACAGCUGCACCGCCAACACCAACGGCUGCCAGUGGUGCUCCGGACAGUGCCUGUCUCUGGGGAGCAACUGCACCUCCGCCACGGGGGCCAUAGCAGAGUUUGAAGUGUGUCCCAAAGACAACCCGUCAUCGGUGUGCAACAAGAAAACCAGCUGUAAGAGCUGCGCUGUGGACCAGAACUGUCAGUGGGAGCCCCGCAACCAGGAGUGCAUCUCACUGCCAGAAAACGUGUGUGGUGAGAGCUGGCACCUUGUUGGAAACUCCUGUGUGAAGAUCAUCACGGCGAACGACUCGUACGACAACGCCAAGCUGGCCUGCCGGAGCCACAACGCCGUGCUCGCCUCGCUCACCACGCAGAAGAAGGUGGACUUUGUGCUGAAGGAGCUGCAGAUCAUGAGCGUGGUGUACAAGGCCUCUUUGACGCCCUGGGUGGGGCUCAGGAAGAUCAACGUGUCGUACUGGUGCUGGGAGGACAUGUCUCCCUUCACCAACACCUCGCUGCAGUGGCUGCCCGGAGAGCCCAGCGACGCCGGAUUCUGUGGAUAUCUGGCCGAGCCGGCUUCCAGCGGACUGAAGGCUCAGACCUGCAUCAACCCGGUGAAUGGCAGCCUGUGUGAACGACCAGCGGAGAACUGCUCGGGGUACAGGACCUGCGGUCAGUGUCUGGACCAGCCGGGCUGCGGUUGGUGCACCGACCACAACAACACGGGCAGGGGUCAGUGCAUCGAGGGCUCGUACCGCGGGCCCUUCCUGACCGCGGUGCCGGCCCCCUCCACCCUGCCCGGCCUGCCCGCCAGCCCCCAGCCCGCCCUCAACGCCAGCAUGUGCCCCAACGAGGCCAAAUACAACUGGUCCUUCAUCCACUGCCCAGCUAAAGACAUCUUUUUAGAUUAG